AUGCUGCGCGCCGGCGUCAUCGAGCCCGUGGACUGCUCGGACUGGGCCACGCCGCUGGUAAUUGUACAUAAACCGGACGGCGCUUUACGUAUCUGUGCUGAUUAUAAGGUGACGUUGAACAAAGUUUUAAAAGUAGAUAAGUACCCUGUGCCUAAAAUAGAUGAUUUGCUCACUAAAUUAAGCGGUUAUAACUAUUUCACCAAGCUGGAUUUAUCUCAAGCUUACAAUCAGUUAGUAAAAAGGCUACUAAUCGGCGCGGACGUGCUGGUGCACUACGACGAGUCGCGCGAGCUCGUGCUGACGUGCGACGCGAGCGCGCACGGGCUGGGCGCGGUGCUGGCGCAGCGCGGCGCGGGCGCCGAGCGGCCCGUGGCCUACGCCUCGCGGGCGCUCACCCGAGCCGAGAUUAAUUACAGCCAAAUUCACAAGGAGGCCCUUGCUAUAGUUUUUGCUGUAAAAAAAUUUCAUCAGUUCUUAUAUGGUAGACACUUCACUUUGCGGACGGACCAUAAACCCCUUGUAAGCAUUUUUGGCCCGGAUACAGGUGUACCGAGCAUGACGGCUAGUAGGUUGCAAAGGUGGGCGUUGUUAUUGUCGGCCUACGAUUUUUCUAUCGAAUAUGUUAGCACUGAUAACAAUACGGCCGAUGCAUUAUCGCGCAUGUUGGAAAGUUACAAAGCGCUGAACGCGACUACUCACGAGUCAAACGAACCGGAACAGACUUAUCUACAUUUUGCUUCGGAAGCAUUACUACUUAAAUACGAGGAUAUCAGAGACGGGACUAGGAAAGAUCCGAUUCUAGGUCGCGUGUUAAGUUACGUUAAAGACGGGUGGCCGAACGAAGUCGAAAUUCGCGAGCUUCAACCUUAUUACAAUAGACGGGACGAGUUAUACAUAGAAUUGGGUUGUCUUAUGUGGGGGUAUCGACUCGUGAUCCCUAGCACUUGUCGGGAUGACGUACUCAGAGAACUACACGACACACACAUGGGCAUCGUGCGGACGAAGAGCAUCGCCCGCAGCUACGUGUGGUGGCCCGGCGUAGACGAGGCGGUGGAGGCGCUGUGCCGGGCGUGCGCCGUGUGCGCGGAGCAGGCGGCGGCGCCGGCGCAGCACGCGCCCGUGCCGUGGCCAUGGCCGGCCCGCCCGUGGACGAGGCUACAUGUAGAUUUCUUAGGGCCAAUUUGUGGCGAGAAAUACUUAGUAGUUAUAGACGCCUGUUCUAAAUGGAUCGAAAUCUGCAAGAUGCCUACUACGACUGCUAAAACGGUAAUAAAUAAAUUACGGGAAAUGUGGGCUCGUUUCGGUAUCCCUAAACAACUCGUUAGCGAUAACGGGCCCCCGUUCAGUAGCGACGAGUUUAAUUAUUUUUUAACAAACAAUGGCGUAGAACACAUCUUUUCUGCACCAUACCACCCUGCUUCUAACGGUUUGGCUGAGAAUGCUGUAAAAAUAUGUAAAAAGGUUAUUAAAAAAGCGGUCGCACAGCGAGCAGACGUAGAUGCGGCCUUACAACGUUUUUUAUUAAUUUAUCGCACCACGGAACAUAGUACGACCAAGGAAAGUCCAGCGCAAAUAUUACAAGGUAGAUUAUUGCGAACGAGACUCGACCGGCUGAAACCGCCGCGGGAGGAGCUGGUGGCGGCGGCGCAGCGCCGGCAGCAGCGCGCGGCGGGCGGCUCGUGGCGCGGCUUCCAGGCCGGCGACUCCGUCUGGGUGCGGGUGUAUCAUCCGCAGAGUAAGUGGGUAAGUGGUUUAACUAUCGAAAAGUUAGGUAACACAGAUUAUAAUGUAAAAUUAGACGAUGGCACAGUGGUACAUAGGCACGCCGAUCAAAUGAGAUUGAAAUGUAAAGUAAAUACGUCCCAAAUGACUUCAACGGACCCUGUAAACGGCACAGGUACGAAUGAAAAGGAAGAAUUGAGUAAUCUGAGGAAACCGGUUUUUUAUCCAGCUGCGUGUCUCACACCGAGCGGUGGGCGGGUGACGUCGGUGGGGGGCGAAGGCAGUAGUCGGCCCACGGGCCCGGUCCCUAGCGAAUGCGAAGUGUCUGGGUCGGAAGCAACUAGGUCUCAAGACCAGACCGGAGCACACACAGGUCCAACCCAUGAACCCCUGCCCAUCGCGAAUGAGCCUCGUUACCCAAUACGUACGCGUAGACCCCCAGAGCGAUAUGGAUAUUCAUAA